AAAUACACACAAGACAAGGCAACCAUAAGUAGGAAAUAGAAGAAGAGAAUAGAAAUUCAAAAUUCAAACUUGAGAAGUAAAAGAAGAGAGAGAUCAAAGUUUGGGUAGUGGAGAAAGAAAGAUGUCGACGAGAAGCGGAAACAUCAAGGGUUUCUACAAGCAAAAGAAGACGACGACGAAGACUGGUAUAACUGGUACUGGAAUCAAGAAAUCGCCCUCCUCCGCCGCAACCCUCGGCUCUGACAUCACCCAACCCCCUGCCCUCCUCUCCAAUUCUUCUCCCGAUCUCCGAGAUGAGUAUGACAAAGAAGAGGAGGUGUUGAGGCAAUUCGACAUGAACAUGGCAUACGGACCCUGCCUCGGAAUGAGCAGGCUCACUCGCUGGGAACGAGCCUCUGUUCUUGGCUUGAAUCCUCCCCAACAGGUUCACCAUCUUCUUCUCAAGGCUCCCACUGCUCGCUCUCACUGCUUGUGGGAGGGUCGCAUUUAGUUAAUGUUUGGUUGUUGUGAUAAAUAAUUAGUUAAUGUUUGCUAUGUUUGUUCAGCCUCUCCCCGGAACCAUCUGCUCUAAGUCUACGACGUUGUGUUUAACUUUAUCGUAUAUGUAUGUGGACACUUGUUUCAUGACUUGGUAAUGGUUUUAUAAGGACUGGUGUUUUUAGUUAAUUGGUUUUGUGUUUCAUAAUCUGAAUUCCAUCAACAGUAACAGCCCAUUCCUACUUCUAUUGUAUUGUAUUGUAUGUGAUGUAAAGAAAAAGGGGAGUGAAUUUGAGUGCGACAACAAUUUCAAGUCUCCAGCUGACUUUACU